ACUGAAAGCAUGCUUAUAUAAAACAAAGUCAUACUCAGCCUACAUCAGUGGAGGCAACACCAGAGAACCACUAUCUUUCCAUCACAAUUGGAUACUCAGGUAGUCAGUGCAAAAAAACAUGAACUUCAUUAGGAAAUUUGUAAAAUCUAUUCGGGGUACUCCCCCUCCCCCUCCGCCUUUAUCUCCUCUUUUACAGAAAGAAGAAAGAAACAUACCAUGGACUGAAAGAGAACGAGACCUGCAGCUUGUCAGAGAUUACAAGCCUCACAAAGAUGUCCAGCAUCUCAGAAUUAUGCUUCAUGGACCACCAGGUGCUGGAAAGUCCAGCUUCAUCAACUCUGUCGACAGUGUUUUAAGAGGCAAAAUCGCAACUCGAGCUUUGGCAGACGCAACCUCUGGUGACAGUUUCACCAUUGCAUACAGGACAUAUAAAAUUCAGAAAGGAGUGCCAGAAACUUUUUACCCUUUUGUCUUCAAUGACACUAUGGGCCUUCAGUCGAGUGACAAAGGAAUUCAUGUGGAAGACAUCAAACUUGCCAUCAGUGGACAUGUAAACGAAGAUUACAGGUUCAAUCCCACAUCUCCGUUGCCUGAAACAAAUUCCAGCUACAACAGUUUUCCCACUUUAGAUGACAAAGUCCACAUUCUGGUUUUAGUCAUUCCUGCUGACACAGUGAGCAUGAUGAAUGAUGAAACUGUCAGGAAGAUGAAAGAUGUCAGAUCAGCAGCUCGUGACAAAGGGAUCCCCCAAAUAGCCAUCAUGACUAAAAUUGAUGAAGCCUGUCCUGAAGUCAAAAAAGACAUAAAGAACGUCUACAGGAGCAAGUACUUGAAUACGCAGAUGCAAACAGCAAGCAUGAACCUGGGUAUUCCACUGAACUGCAUCUUCCUCGUGAAGAACUACCACACAGAGAUUGAGACGGAUAACGAUGUGGAUUCACUGAUACUGAGUGUACUGAAAAAGAUCAUUGACUAUGGAGAGGACUACCUGAAUGACCAGGAUGAUCCUGACCUGUAUUCAAUGUGUGAGGGGGAUAGAAAAUGAAAGUUUUAUACAAAAAAGUCACACAAAAAGUUAAUUUCAUCAGAAAUCUAAGCCGACUGAAUUUUUGUCUUGUUCUUAUUUUCUUUAACUUUGUUUCUUUUGCAAAUUAAAUCCAAAUAACCUUCACAGAAAAUCAAUACAUCUACUUUUUGUUAUUUACUGUAUAAUCAAAAUGUUAACUGCAGGAAGAAUGACAGAUAUAUGCAUGUAACCUGUUGUCUGCUUUGUAACUCAAAUAAAUCAUUGUAAGACUGUC